AUGACACUGGGCGCUAGUGGCUCUUUCUAUGAGACCUCCUCGAAUGGUGAUAGGAGGCCCUGUGGGUUGAAGAUGUCGACCUCCAACUCCUUGGCAGACCCCAAAGCCAAAAACUGUGAAGCCGAUACAAAGCACGCCUGUGCAAAAGGGAAGCUACUUUGCCAGGAGGAACUGGUCGUCACCGAAACACUUGCUACAUCGCCAGACUCCUUGAACCUCUCAUCUCCGGUGAGUUCCAACCACAAGGAGUGUAACUUCUGCGGCGGAAAGUUCCUGCCCGAAGCCACAGCCUUCAUGGAGGAUGGGAAGCCUUUCAGAUGUCAAUACGCCUUGGAUGAGAUCCGCCGAGGUGAUUCACACUUUUCCUGCGUCGAGGCAGCAGAGCGGCUGGUGGACUGCUGUGCAGACACGCCGGCUGAGCCGACAGAGACUCAGUGGACCGGCGCGCCCUGCGAACUGUGCGCUGGCCACGGCGAGCUCAAUGGCUCAGCCGUGGCCAUGAUCCUCUCCGGUGACCCCAUGAACUGCUCCACUGCGCAGCAGCUGCUUCGCACCGGCCGGGCGCCCAUUAGUUGCGAAACGGCGCAAAGUUCCGAACUGCUAGGGCGCUGUUGCGCUUCGAGUGGCUAUUCCUCCAGCAGGAAUUGCAGUAUUUGUGCUCCGGGGGAGACCUUCCUCCCGGAGGCCACCGAUCCCAGUGGCGACCGCACCUGUGCCGAUGCCCGCACCGCACUCGCGGCAUCCAGCGGAAGGUGUGGCGCAGAGGAACUGAAGGAGACCUGCUGCAAAUGCAAUCUUUGCGAUGACGGUGGGCUGAACGGCGAAGAGUUGGCGAUGUAG